AUGGCUUCUCUCACCUCAGUUUUGCAAUCCCAAUCUAUACCUUUCACCAACAAAACCAGUUUCCAAAUACCACCGACUUGUCAUCAUCAUUCUCUUUCCAUGUUGGCCUCUGAUGAGCGACACGUAGCAAAGUGGGAACCCACCUUUGAUGGGAGCCUAAAGUUCCUUGUUGAUAGAAAGCUUGUUUAUGACACACUCGAGGGGAUCUUCCGGGAUCCUGCUUUCUUGGAGCCACAUUAUGUUGAGUUGAGAAACACAGGAUUGGAAAGAUCUGAAAGAUUGGCAAAGGAUUUGGAGUGGAUCAAAGAUCAAGGCCAUGUUUUACCAGAACCUUCUGACCUUGGUGUUAAUUAUGCUAAUUAUCUCAAGGAAUUAUCAAUAGUCAAGGAUUCUCAUCUAAUUCUGUGUCACUUCUACAAUCUGUACUUUGGUCAUACUGCUGGUGGUCGAAUAAUGGCAAAAAAGCUAUCUGAGAAGAUAAUGAACAACAAGGAGUUGGAAUUUUACAAAUGGGAUGGUGAGGUUUCCCAACUGUUGCAGAAUGUCACGGACAAGCUGAACAAAUUGACUGAGAGUUGGACAAGAGAGGAAAAGAACCAGUGUCUGGGAGAGACUGAAAUAUCCUUCAAAUAUUAUGGAGAUAUUAUUAGUUUGAUAUUAUCGUGA